AGGCUGCUUCCUGUCUCCACCCGUGAGCAGCCAUGAUGCAGGAAGGGCUGGACGACGGACCCGACUUCCUCUCCGAAGAGGACCGGGGACCGCGGGCGGUCAACGUAGAUCUGCAGACGGACGCAACGCUGCAGGUCGACAUCUCUGAUGCUCUCAGUGAGAGAGACAAAGUCAAGUUCACCGUCCACACCAAGAGCACGCUCCCUAACUUCAAGCAGAACGAGUUCUCGGUGGUUCGACAGCACGAAGAAUUCAUCUGGCUGCACGACUCGUUCGUGGAGAACGAAGAAUACGCCGGAUACAUCAUCCCCCCCGCCCCCCCCAGACCAGACUUUGAUGCUUCCAGAGAGAAACUGCAGAAGCUCGGAGAAGGAGAAGGCUCCAUGACCAAGGAGGAGUUCACGAAGAUGAAGCAGGAGCUGGAGGCAGAAUACCUCGCCAUCUUUAAGAAGACCGUCGCCAUGCAUGAGGUCUUCCUCUGCCGUGUGGCGGCUCAUCCCGUCCUCAGGAAAGACCUCAACUUCCACGUCUUCCUCGAGUACAACCAGGACCUGAGUGUACGAGGGAAGAACAAGAAGGAGAAGCUGGAGGAUUUCUUUAAGAACGUCGUGAAGUCAGCUGACGGCGUGCUGGUGGCCGGCGUGAAGGACGUGGAUGAUUUCUUUGAGCACGAGAAGACGUUCCUGUUAGAAUAUCACAACAGAGUGAAAGAUGCUUCGGCCAAAUCUGACAGAAUGAUCCGCUCACACAAAAACGCAGCAGAUGACAUCAACAGGAUGGCGUCGUCUCUCUACACGUUAGGAACGCAGGACUCCACGGACCUCUGCAAGUUCUUCCUGAAGGUGUCGGAGCUGUUUGAGAAGACGAGGAAGAUCGAGGCUCGCGUCGCCGCUGACGAGGAUCUGAAACUCGCCGACCUGCUGAAGUAUUACCUGAGAGAGUCUCAGGCUGCCAAGUUAAGCUUUGUUGUGACUUUACGAUGA